GUCGUUGCCGUGGAGAGAGAGGGACGCGGAAGCUACGCCGCGGCCCCUGCGGACACGCCAGGCCAGUGGAUGCGGAAUAGAGACCCCCGAGCCGGCGUGUCCACACCUGCUUCCUCGCCCCCGGGAGGGUCCCCAGAGUCGCUGCGGACGGCACCGACAUGUCUGUCGAGGCGACCGCGCAGGGAGCCUCCCCCAGGGCCCCGCGUCCCGGGAUCCAGAAGUCGUCGGGCACGGUGACCAAGAAGGGGGAUCGCGCGGCCAAGGAGAAGCCUCCGAUCGUGCUGCUGCCGGUGGGCGAGGAGGAGCCCAAAAACCCUGAGGAGUACCAGUGCACCGGGUCCCUGGAGACCGACUUCGCAGAGCUCUGCACCCGCCUGGGCUACUCGGACUUCCCCAAAGUGGUCACCCGGCCCCGCCCGCACCCGACCUUCCUCCCUUCCUCCUCUGUGUCGGAAAAGCCCAUCGUCGACGACCAGCGCCUGUCAGGUUCCUGCAGCCUCAACAGCAUGGAGAGCAAGUACGUGUUCUUCCGGCCCACAAUCCAGGUGGAACUGGAGCCCGAGGACAAGUCGGUGAAGGAAAUCUACAUCCGAGGCUGGAAGGUUGAGGAGCGGAUCCUGGGCAUCUUUGCUAAAUGCCUGCCCCCCCUCAGCCAGCUGCAGGCUAUCAACUUUUGGAAGGUGGGGCUGACGGAUAAGACCCUGGCCACGUUCAUCGCCCUGCUACCUCUCUGCUCAUCCACUCUCAGGAAGGUGUCUCUGGAGGGGAACCCACUGCCCGAGCAGUCCUAUCACAAGCUCAUGGGACUGGACAGCACGAUCAUGCACUUGUCUCUGCGGAACAACAACAUCGAUGACUACGGGGCGCAGCUCCUGGGCCAGGCUCUGUCCACGCUGCACACCUGCAACCGGACCCUGGUCUCGCUCAACCUGGGCUUCAACCACAUCGGAGACGAGGGCGCGGGCUACAUCGCGGAUGGCCUCCGGCUGAACCGCUCCCUGCUCUGGCUGUCCCUGGCCCACAACCGCAUUGAGGACAAAGGCGCCCUGAAGCUGGCCGAGGUCCUGCAGCCCUUCGAGCUGACACACACCGAGGUGGUGGAGCGCCGGCGCCUCCUGCUGGGAAAGGGGGCCCAGGAGCACUUGCGGUCGCCUUCCUCUUCUCGACAUGGGGAAUCCAAAGCAGGACAUGGGGAAUCCAAGGCAGAACGGGAGAGGAAUCAGCUGGUGGGAGUCAGCAGUGUCGCGCUGAUAGACAAGACGGACAAGAUGCAGACAGCAAAGAGCCUGAAGGGCCUGAUCAAGAAAAAGGAGAAGGCAGGGGAAGUGGUGAAGAAAGAGGAGAAGUCGGGGUCUGGGCAGUCACCCAUACAAGGAAACCUAAAGAAGGAAGACGCCACAAAGACAAGCAAGGGGAAGGUGACCAUCCCCGAGCAGAAGCCAAGCAGGGGGAAAGGGCAGAAGACCGGGAGCAAGGAGAAGCGCAGCAUCCUCCUGGAGUCAGAGCAGCUGAUUGUUGAAGCUACGGAGAUGGUCAACCCUCUCUUGGAGCCUGUGGAACACCGAGAUGGGAAAGUUUUCUUGCUUGGGAACAAGGUCCUUUUGCACCUCAACCUCCUCCGAAACCGCAUCACCGAGGUGGGGCUGGAGGGCUUCCUCAAUGUGGUGCGGUACCAGGCGCAGUUCUCCAAGUCCUCCAAGAGCGCGGCCAAGGGCCCCGUGGGGCUGCUCUGGCUGUCUCUGGCGAAAAACAACUUCUCCCCGCAAAGCCCCAUGUACAUCAUGAUGCAGGAACUGAUGCUGCCAAGGGACCCCAUCAGUAAGGCCAAGCACAGAGAGGAGGAGGCCAUGGCUUCCGCCACCUAGGUCCACCCCCCCCCCCCCCCCCCCCCCCCCCCCCACAGAAGCAUCUCCUGCCCAGGUGUGGGCUGACCUCCCUAGGUGAGAUCUCAGGUCAGUAACAAAGGCCACUUGUACUUUCCCCUUGAAAUUGUCUAAAAACUUUGUUCUGGAAAUACUUGGAACAUUUGGACUCUUGAGUCUGUUUAUGUAACGGCCAGGAAUGGCUGAAUCGCUGCAGUUUGCCGGGUCUUGCUCUCCUGCCUCCUGAGGGCCUAGUUCUUGCUUGCUCAGGCCACAGCCACUCUCUCCUGUGCUCCCAGAGCACCUGCACCUACAGAUGUCCGCAAUCCUAAACCAGGACACCCAAAUGGUGCGGGGGCCAGAGGAGUCAGGAGAGCUGGGGGCCCAUCAGUGUGGCUCCCUCAGGACCUACUGACAAGGCGGAGAGCGCACAGGGCUGGCUCCUGGGAGCCAAGAGCCACUUUACAGGGAGCUUCCAGGGAAGUGUCCCUCCUUCCCCUCUGGGCAGUUAACCUGGUCCACAUCCCCUCACGCUGUUGCCUCGACAGAGAUGUGCUCUCCCUGCCGAGAACGCUCUUGGUGAAGCUCAGUGGCUCUCCAGGCUUCUCGGCCUCUGACCACCUGCUCAGCCCUGGGCAGCUGGCUGAGCUGCUGCAGGAAACCUGGCCAGCGUUAGAUUCCCAACACGAGAACACGAGCAAUUACAGGUGCCUGGCGAGGACUAGUCCCCUCAGCUUCUCCAGUUGUUCCUACCUGAAUCCUUCUAAGGCAGUAACCUUCCUAAUGCCGCGACCCUUUAAUACAGUUCCUCAUGUUGUGGUGACCC